AUGGAUGCGUCGCUGGCUUCUUACCACGCGCGUCUAGCCACCUUUGAGGGAUUAGCUACGACAGGCAAGGGGCGACGUACAAGCAACAGAUCUAAGAAGGCAGGAGCGAAAUCGAAGGCUUCAUGGCCCCUUACAGCACCCUCGGCACAGGAUUUGGCAUAUGCUGGUUUUGUAUGGAAGCCCACAUCUACGAGCCCCGACAACGUACAAUGCUUCAGCUGCGAGUGCCAACUAGACGGUUGGGAGGAAGCGGACAUUCCUGCAUAUGAACACGCAACACAUUCCCCAAGCUGUGGUUUCGCAACAAUCGCCUGCAUCCGUCUCCGUGCGGGCGAUCCCGGCAGGACUGAAGAUGAUCCGACCUCGGAAGCCAUGGUAGCAGCACGCCGCUCGACCUUUGGGGAUAUGUGGCCACUCGACGUUACAGCUGGCUACCCCAGUGUCGACCAGAUGGUAGACGCCGGCUGGUUCUACGACCCUGCAACAGACACACCCGAUGGCGUUACCUGCCCAUACUGCUCUCUGGCACUAGAUGCAUGGGAUAUCGGCGACGAUCCUUUGCAGGAGCACCGCCGAAGAUCUCCUGACUGUCUCUUCUUCGUCCUCUCCGAACUUUACAAACCCGCCCCAGCACCCAAGAAAGCCAAGCGUGCUUCCAAAGCUAAGCGCGCCUCAACCCGCUCGUCAACUGCAUCUACAGCAAGCAAGAGAGCCACACGUGGCAAGAAGCGAACGAGCGAGGCAGUUGAGGAAACCGAGUACUCUGAAGUCAUCCAGCCUGUUCUGAAACGUGUGCGAUCCUCGAGCAUUGAAAGCUUCCCUAGUGAUCUUCCUGUGGGAACGCCUAAGAAAACGCCGACAGGAAUCAGGGACACUGCUAUGGAUGACUUUGACAUGUCGAGCCUCCCGGCGGACCUAGCAGUUGGGACACCCAAGAGGACGCCGCCUAUGAUGAGUGAAGCAGAUGACAUACCAGAGCCUAUCAGCUGGAAACCUGCUGAUGUUGAUGCUGUAAUUACAUCCCAAGAAGAGGCCCACGGUUAUCUCAGCGAAAUCCUUGCUGAUUCUGGUCUGGACAACGUUCAGACGGCAGACAUGACGCCUGAAGAACUGUACGAAUACGUUAUGGCUAGCCUGACGGACGAAGAGAAGCGCAUGACGAUUGAACAGUGGGUUUUGCACAACGCGAAGAGGGGCGAAGAAAAACUCCGCAUGGCCUGCGAACAACAGAUACUCGCAUUCGAGGCCGAGGGUCAACGUGCCAUGGCUGUCCUCGAGGGCAUCCCCACAAUCUAA